AUGGCCGCCAACGAAUCAAAGUCCAACUACUCCAUGGGCUACUCACAGGCCGUAUUGGCAAGCCAUGCCGCCCGCACAAUCUACUCGGACGCCGCAUUCGUGCUGCCCCACAUCAAGGAGACGGACCGGAUAUUGGACGUCGGCUGCGGGCCGGGCACCAUCACCCUCGGCUUCGCCAGCGUGGUGCCCGAUGGCGAGGUGGUCGGGAUCGACGUGUCGGGCGAGGUGCUGAAGCAGGCCGAGAAGAACCUGGCGCUGUCUGAUGACGCCGCCCGCGUCUCGUUCCGCCGCGGCGACGUGGUCAAGGGCCUGUCCGACAUACCCGACGGGUCCUUCGACGUCGUCUUCGCCUCGCAGGUGUUCCCGCACCUGGCCACCCCAGAGCUGCGCGCCGCCGCCAUGGCCGAGAUGCGCCGCGUCCUGCGCGACGGCGGCGUGCUGGCCACCCGCACCAUCGUCGACGCCCACUGGCUGCCGCGGUCCUGCAACCUCGGCGAGCUCUUCACCAGGCGCAUGGCCCGCGGCGUGGGCGCCGACGCCGACGAGUUCACCGGCUGCCUGAUGCCCGCUCUCUACCGCGCCGCCGACUUCGAGAACUUCACCGUCACCGCCGGCACCACCGUCUGGGCCACGGCCGACGAGCGGAGGUGGUUCGCCGACAGCAACGCCGCCCGCCUGGCCGAGGGAGAUUCCUUUAGGGCUAGCUGGCUGGCCAGCGGUCUGACCGAGAGCGACAUUGAGGAGUCCAAGAAGGCAUUGCAGGCCUGGGCAGAAACGGAGGAUGCGUGGUAUAUUGGUGUGCAGGCUGACAUUCUGGGAUGGAAAUAG